CACUUUAUCUUCUUCUUGCCCUAACCCUGGCCUUAACUCUCGUCUAGGGUUAGGGUUUGUUGCCCACUUUUCCCAAUUUCUCAGCCCUUUGAUGUUAUUUAAUGAUUUCUCUUUGUUAUCUCUCAUUGUUGCUCUGUUUACCAGCUCGAGAUCAGUACUCUGCAAAGUUGAGGACUUUUGGUGCUUGAAUUGAGGGAUUGGUGGUGGUAAUCUCAGUCUCUUUGCGGAGUUGGAAGGUUGGUGAGUGAGUGUCGGUGGAGUACUGGUAGUGGAAAAUGUCAAGUGGUGGGACGCACUGGUGCCACCAGUGUCAGCAGACAAUCCGUCCUCGUGAUCGGAAUUUGGUCUGCCCAAACUGUGAUGGGGGUUUCAUAGAAGAACUCAAUGAGAUGCAUGGUAUUGGGAGCACAUUCGAUCUCCCCAGAAUGUUCAUGGACAGACGUAGGGGUAAUCCUGUGGGACUCAUGGAAGCAUUAACAACGUUUAUGAGCCAUGGUAUGGGAGCUAGAAAUCGCGAGGUUGAUGUUCGGGGCCGGACCAAUAGUUUCCCUGACCCGAGGAUGGGGUUUGGGGAUGGUCCUUGGCUGAUUUUUCAGGGGCAUCUUCCUUCUCGAAUGGGUGAUAAUGGAGGGUUUGAUUUCCUCAUCAAUGGAGGUCAUGGUUUUGGUAUGAGACGGGCUGAUGCCGCUGACUACUUUCUUGGACCGGGGUUGGAUGAAUUGAUUGAGCAGCUGAGCAGAAAUAAUCGUCAUGGACCACCUCCAGCUUCAAGAUCUGCUAUUGAUGCUUUGCCUACAAUAAAAAUUAGUCAGAAGCAUCUUCGACGUGAUUCACAUUGCCCCGUUUGCAAAGAGCAGUUUGAGCUGGGUUCUGAAGCUCGGGUGAUGCCUUGUAAACAUAUAUAUCACUCUGAUUGUAUUGUUCCCUGGUUGGUGCAGCACAAUACUUGCCCUGUUUGCCGCCUUGAGUUGCUUCAUCCGGGCUCUGCUCGCAACGCAGGCACAAGAUCAAGUAAUAGUUCAGCUGGCAGUGGGAGUAGCAGCAGUGGUUUAAGAGGUAAUUCCAUGGGAACAGAAAGUGAUGGUGAUAGGAAUGGGAGGCGGAACCCGUUCUCGUUUCUUUGGCCCUUCCGUACGUCCAAUUCUAAUCCUGGUUCUCACCAACAUGAGUCGGGAGGGAGCAAUUCUGCUUCUGUUCCCGAGGACAAUAACCAUCCAAUGACCUAUUCUGGAUGGCCCUUUGACUGAAAAGCUCAUCCCUGAAGUCAUCUAUUGUCUGGCUUUUCUCCCUGUAAUCAUAGUUCAGUUUUCACUAUUCCUGCUCAAAUGUGCUUGCACUUUACUUAGUGGCAUGUAAGUUUUUAAGAACCUCAUUCAAAGUAACAAAAUAAUUGCAUCCUGUUUGUCUCAUCUCAAGUUUCUUGUAGACACAUGUUUUGCUACUCUUAAUCUCUGAGAAGCUAUAAAUACUUUGGAAUGUUUGCAUC